AAGAAAUUAUCCUAAAUAGGAUUAAAACAAUAGAAAAGUUCCAAAAUAGGAGUCCUAAUUGAUAUAUUCCCUAAAUAGGAGCUAAAUAAGUUGUUCCGCCGAUACAUGUUUAUUAUGUUUACAAUUAUAUCCUUCUUUAUUUAUCUUGAAUAACAACUUUCCUCUCUCCACUAUCUUUUCCUCUCGCUUAACUAUAUCCCUAUAGUCUCACGAUUUUUCUUUUUAUUUCAUCAGCAACAUGAAUCUCUCUUCUUCAUUCAUUUCAUCUUUUGAACUUUAUUUUUCAAGAUUCUCCGAUGGAAAAGGACUGCGGCGGAGGGCGGCGACACAAAGAAAGGCGGGACAAUUCAUGGACAUAAUGCAGGAGACACCAAUGGAUAUGCUACAACAAACCAUGAGUCUUACAGAGGAGCCUAAAUCUAUAUCUAAACUUAUUUUUGACUCACAAAUUCGGGAAGCAUACUCUGAGAAAAUAUACUCUCCCACUCCAGUAGAGCGGCCCCCGCCGGUCCAGGCUUACUCGGACGCAUCAGAUACCUUUUACCAAACAGAUGAUUCUGGCUUCACGGAUGACUUUCUGGGACAUGCCACUGAAAGCGAGCGUCGUCCCCCUAUCUCAACUCCAGAAGAAAUAAAGAAAUCAAAAUUCAACAAGGCAAUCUGCAGGAAAUCCAAGUUUGUUACCCCUGAAAAUUGCCUGCCAACGGAGAACCUAAACACGCAGAUCAAAAUAUACAGGAAAUCUCAGAAAAAUAAGAGGCGGCACAACAUGACUACCAGGCCUCAAACCAGAGAAUUCCCUUGGGUGUAGUUUUAGUUUUUACUUUCUCUGUAUGUUCUUAAUUUCUUUCUUUUAAUUUCUUUUUUUCAUUUGUACUACUUUUUCCUUAAAAAAACUUGUAUGCACAUACACACAUGCUUUAUAUUUAUAAAAACUAUAUAAAUCUAUUUG